AUGAUUCAAUAUGUCAUUGAGGAAGAAGCUCGACUUCGUCAAAUAGCUUCUUACAAAGCCGAUAAUUGUCAACGUGUAAUAGAUUUAUUAAAACAACGCGCCUGCAAUCUUCUAUCUGAGUUGGUGCUUUCAAAUAAUGCUGAUCUUCAGAAGAUGGAACAGUUGGUUCAGUUAAAAGCAAAUUGUUAUCAGGAACAAGAGUAUGGGCCUCUAGGUCUGUUGGGAAAGCUGUUAAAUCAGAAUAAAAACCCUAUUCGGCUCGAUAUCGUUCGAUUUCUUGUGGAAACUGAUGAAGACGGUAAAUUUGCUUUAACAAAAAUAGAUGACCAACAGCAAACAUGCCUAUCUCUAUCGAGAAAACAUUCAGAAUCGAUGCAAGGUGUAACGGAUUAUUUGCAACAACAGCUUGAUGCUUUCUUAAACAAAAUUCCAUUCACGCAUCCUGAAAUAGAUGUCAACGAGGUGGCACAUUGGAUUCGUCGAGGUGCUAAUCCAGAAGCGAUAGAUGAAGAUCAAAAUACUGUUCUUUUGAAUGCUGUUCUCGCCAAUAACGUUGAUCUCACUCGAGUUCUCGUCGCCAAUGGCUGCAACACGAACCACCCAAAUAAAGCCAACAAGACGCCACUUCAAAUUGCUAAAAGUGCUACAGAGAGAAAUGCUCGAUUGAUAGCAGUUCUGCGUGAACAGAAGGUCAGCAAUCAAUUAGGACAAUUAAUUAGCGAGAAAAAGUCACAAUUAAGAAAAGAAGAAAUUUAUGAUUAUUUGGAAAAAGGUGCCAAUAUCAAUGCACGCAUUAAAAAUAGUGAUUCAUUUCUUCAUCAUUUAAUUACUAAUGAUGGUGCACCAGAAAUGGUGACCGCUUUUGUUAGUGAAUUCAAUGCAGAUAUAUUUGCAACAAACAAUCAAGGACUUCGACCAAUAGAGGUGUGUAUUCUGCAUGAUAAGAAACCAUUUACGGUUCUUCGUACCUUUUUAAAACUGCCGAGAGUAUCGACAGAUGUACUAUUCAAUGAUAUAUCAAAGAAGAGCAUCCAUCAAUUUGCUAUCGAGCAAGACCUACAUGAAAGUGCUUAUAUAAUUCAGAAAGAAUUGAAUACACGUUUAUGGAUUUGUCUUACAAACGCCACACCUAAUGAUGACCGAAAUCAGAGUAUUCUGUCUGAAGCGCGAAAGCUAGUCGACUACGGAGCUGAAAUAGAUCAUCGACAUAAUGAAAAUGACCAAUAUAAUGGGUGGUCUGUUUUGCAUGUAGCAUGUAAAACGACGACAAAAUCAUUCAUCAAAUAUCUUGUCCAAAACCUGAAAGCAAGUUGUGCGUUAAAGAAUUCAAAUGGUGAUUAUCCAAUAUCUAUUGCAGCUAAAUAUAAUCAACUUGAAAUCGUUCAAACUCUAAGAGAAUGUCGUCACGUUGAGUUAAAUGUUUUCAAUAACAAGUAUGAUACUCCAUUGCAUUUAGCAGCGGAAAAUCAUCAUUAUCGCACUGUUCGAUACUUAGUUCUAUGGGGUGCUAAUGAAGAGGCUCGGAAUUCAGCGAACGAGACGCCACUUGUUUCAGCGCGAAGAAGUCAAUCCAGAAACAAAGAAGAGCAAAUUGAAAAGGAGAGAACUGUUGAAUUUCUUCAGAAACUAGCUCCUUCAAAAGAUUACACCACGCGAGAAGGACAAAUGAAGCAGACUACACCAAUAACAGAUCUAGACACAUGUGAAUUGGUGACACAUAUUGAUGUUCAUGAAAUACACCGAAAUGCUCCUGAUCACAAGACGAAAAAUGGUAUCAAAUUGCUCGUAGUUGUUGAUCGUGGACUCAACGAUAAACUGCAUGUCGCUGCUAAAAACGGAAAUGUUUCGAUGUUUAGACAAGCGAUGGACGAUGGUGCUGAUAUCUGCUAUCUUCAAAAUGGAAGGAGCCCUUACAAAGUAGCAAAAGAUUCAGCCGCAAAGUAUAUCAUGAUAGCAGAAUCAAAAUCAACAAGCAGCAAAUAUCGUCGAAAGUUUUGUACUAUGGUACUAGGCUGUCAACAAAUUGCUGAUGAGCUCCUUCAGCUGGGGAGAACACAACUUAUAGAAUCGAUUAAACAAUCAAAUCCCGAUCGUGUUAUGGCUUACUGUGAAUGUGGAAUACAGAUAACACCUGAGUUACUCAAUAUUGCUUGCAUGUCAUCUGACAAUGUUGAAAUUAUCGAUUAUCUUAUUAAAAAAGACCGCACUGUCUAUGAAGCCAUGUAUAACUACACUACAUCUGAUUCUCCAUAUCACCUUGCCAAGAAAAACAAAUUUAACCGUGUUGCUAAUUAUAUAAAAUAUCGGCUAUCCAUCGACUGUACAGAAGCUAUCAAGAAAAAUGAUCUAGAACUUGUUAAGCGGCUCAUUCGUGCCGGUGCAAAUGUCGACUUAGCGGACACAAAUAAUUUAAUAGAAGCACUAUGUCACAAAAAUGCCCUAUUAGUUCAGACUCUUUGUGAAAAUGGAGCUAAAAUACCUAGUGAAUGGCUUCAGUCAGAUAGCGUCGUGCUCCCGGCAUCUAUUUCAGAAGAAAUGAACGAUGAUAUUGCAUUUACCAUCAAUCGUAAUUUGAUUGAUCGCAGACUUCGUCUUGCUGCCGCAACUGGCGAUUUCGAUUUGCUCGUCAAAUGUCAGCGAUUAGGUGCUGAUAUUAAUUCGAAAAACUGUCGGGGUUCAACGGCUCUCCUUUGUACAAUUCAGUACGGAGACUAUGUUCAAAUUGUGCGUUCGCUCGUAUCGCGCGGAGCAACUAUGUUACACUCGAAUGAGGACGAACCCAUGUCAGUUAUAGAGCUCUGUAAGCAGAAAAACUAUACAGAAAUAGAACAAUACUUAACAAUGCAACUCGGCUCACAGUUUUCUACUUCUAUAAUAGACGAUGAUAGGCAGAGUGCAGCAGCUUUCGCAGCACUCGGUGCGAAUUUUAACUAUCAAGAUGAACAACAACGAACACCACUGCAUUAUGCAGUACAGUAUCAUGGUAUUGAUCUUGUUGCAUGGCUCUGCGAACGUGGCAGUAAUCCGAUGUCAGCUGAUCGUAAUGGUGACUAUGCAAUAACUCUAGCAGCCGAGAAAGGUAUAAUCUUCCUUUUCAUCGAAGCAGCUUAG